CCGCCCGAGCACUCCUCUAUCCUUUAGUAUCCCGGCCCGGCACAAUCGGCGCGCGCGCACGGGAAUCUGGCGCAGCGCGCUCCGGGCUAUGGCGGUGUCCGUGCUAUGGUUGGUAGCUGCGUUAGCACCGCUUCUAGGAGUUUAUGGUCAGCAAAAUUAUGAUCCAUACCGAGAAUAUGAUCAAAGAGAGACGGAUCAAUAUCCGAUAGACGACAGGCAAAACUUAUAUCCACAACCUCCGAGACCGACAUAUGACAACUUAUAUCCACCGCCCCAGAGGCCGUCAUAUGAAAACUUAUAUCCACCACCUCAGCGACCGACUUAUGGCUUGUCUAAUCGGUUAGACAUACCGUCGCCAUCAGCUGUGAGUUCUUCUUCCACGAGAGGUCAAAGCUUUACCGUAUACGAUCCAGUGACUCGACGACGCACUUCGGAAAAGAACUGUACUGCCCCAGGAUGCUGCCAACCGAAAUGCUUUGCGGAAAAGGGAAACAGGGGUAUCCCAGGAAUGCCAGGACCCCCAGGUAUCAGUGGUUUUCCUGGUCACGAAGGUCCAGAAGGCCCACAAGGUUCUAAAGGACAAAAAGGACAAAUGGGAAACCCAGGUCCGAGAGGCCCUAAGGGUGAUAGAGGUAAACCUGGUGAACGUGGAUUCGUCGGAAGAAUUGGUCCAGCUGGUCCCCAAGGAGAACCGGGUGCACCAGGUAUCCACGGCAGGGACGGGUGCAAUGGUACCGAUGGUGAACCUGGAAUGAAAGGUCCACAAGGUUUGUCAGGUCCUCGCGGAUAUCCUGGAUCUAAAGGAGAUAAAGGUGACAAGGGUGAAGCUGCUUACACUGGAAGAUAUCCUAAAGGACAAAAGGGUGAGCCUGGCGCCGAUGGAAUGCAAGGAAAACCAGGUCAUGUUGGUCCGACAGGUCUACCUGGCUUAGAAGGACCUAAAGGCAAUCAAGGACCUACGGGUCCACCUGGUUUAAAAGGUGAUAAAGGUUUAAAAGGUUCGAAAGGAUUAGCAAUUCAAGGUGAUAAAGGAGAUCGUGGUGACCCAGGUGACAAAGGUUCAAGUUGCCCUCCUGUUACUUUGCCUUCGCAAGGUGACAAAGGCGCUAUCAAAGGAAUUCAAGGUGACAUGGGUUGGAAGGGUGACAAGGGUGAACCUGGCCCCAUGGGUGAUAAAGGGGAUGAAGGUAUUAUGGGUGAACCGGGUCGCGCAGGACAGAUGGGAAUUAAAGGAGAAAAAGGAAUUAUAGGAAAUCCUGGUGAAAGAGGCCGUGAUGGAAUGUACGGUAACCCGGGCCCUAGAGGACAAAAGGGAGACAGAGGAAACGAUGGCUUACCUGGUUUGGAUGGAAGACCUGGAAGUAAAGGUGAACCUGGCAGAGAUGGAUUACCAGGUCCCAGAGGUUUAAAAGGAGUUCAAGGUCCUUCAGGAGGUCGUACUGGAUCAGCUGGGCCACCUGGACCUCCGGGUCAAAGAGGUUACCCCGGUAGACCUGGACCUAAAGGAACUGAUGGACUGCCUGGAGAUAAGGGUGAUUUAGGACCAAUGGGGCCACCUGGAGGACAGGGUGAACCUGGUGAACCUGGUAUCGAAGGUCUAGCUGGUCCCAAAGGAGACAAAGGUGAAACUGGACGUGACGGAACUCAAGGAGAACCAGGACCACGCGGUUUCGAUGGACCGCAAGGACCUGUUGGUCCAAGAGGUCCAAAGGGUGAAGACGGAAUUUCAAUACCCGGUCAAAAAGGAGACAGUGGUUAUAACGGACAACCGGGUUCAAAGGGCCAAAAGGGUGAAAAGGGAUACAUAGGACUACGUGGAUUUCCAGGAAACUCAAGCUUAGGGACACCUGGUAGUCCAGGAGAAAUUGGUCCUCCAGGAGAAAAAGGAGAAAAGGGUAAUCCAGGUUUUGAUGGAAUACCAGGUAGCCCAGGAGCAAAAGGCGAUAUUGGUGGGCGGUGUAAUGACUGCAGGCCAGGUGGUCCGGGACCAAAAGGAGAUCGUGGUUCAGAUGGAUACCCUGGUUUGCAAGGAGACCGUGGACCCCCCGGUCCUCCUGGACUUACAGGUGAAAGAGGAGCAGACGGUUUGAAUGGUUCACCUGGUGAAGCGGGUGCCCCGGGAGAACGCGGUGAUGAUGGACCUAUAGGACCCCCUGGUGAAAGAGGAGCUGAUGCUACAUUUGCUGUUAGUAACUUAGUUAAAGGAUCACCUGGUGAACGAGGUGAACGUGGACCUCCUGGCCCAAUGGGUCCAAAAGGUGAAAAGGGAAGUUUGGGAUCUAAAGGAAAUCAAGGUCAAAUCGGUAUGCCUGGCCAAAAGGGUGAUCAUGGCCUUAUGGGUCCGCCUGGAACUGACGGCACUCCUGGUUCAAAUGGGAUUCCUGGUGCACCUGGCAAGAACGGAGAAUCAAUUAAAGGAGAGAAAGGUGCUCCUGGUAAUUUCGGACAGAAAGGAGACAAAGGAUUCCCAGGACGAAUGGGUCUCAAAGGAGUAGCUGGUCAAUGUCCCGCGAACCUCGAAGCACUAACGAGAGGCGACCCUGGAGCUCCAGGAGCACCUGGCCCUCAGGGACCCCCAGGUGAACCGGGUGAAAAGGGGGACAGAGGUUUUUCUGGUCUACCAGGAUCAAAGGGUGAAAUGGGAUUGCCAGGCAAACAAGGCCCCGUUGGACCACGGGGUAUUCCGGGAGAAAGGGGAGAUACCGGAGAAAUGGGUUCAAUUGGAUUCCCAGGAACACCAGGAGAGACAGGCCCAAGAGGUUACCCAGGUGAACCAGGUUUCAAGGGAGACAAAGGUGAACUUGGCCUUCCCAUGCCAGGUCCACCUGGUCCAUCUGGAUUGCCCGGACUUAAAGGUGAUAAAGGCAACAGAGGAACUCCAGGCACACCCGGCCCCGAUGGUCUCACUGGUCCAGUCGGUUUACCUGGUGAAAAGGGAGAUCAAGGACAAUUUGGGCGACCUGGUUACGCGGGUGCCCCUGGACAAAAAGGUGAGCCAGGGCCUAUCGGACCACCUGGAGUACCUGGCACCCCUGGCGCACCCGGAAGAGAUGGACCGAAAGGACAACAAGGAUACCCAGGUCUUGUAGGCAAACCUGGGGUCAUAGGAUUACCUGGUAAUAAGGGUGAACCUGGAAUACAAGGAAUUCCUGGACAAAAAGGAUACCCUGGAAGCCGAGGUCGUGCAGGUAGAAACGGUGCACCAGGAAUUCCUGGGGCGCCUGGAGAAAAAGGUGACAAAGGAGACUUAGGAUUUACUGGUCAACCCGGUGCACCAGGUUUUGAUGGACCUAUGGGACCUAUUGGUCAGCCUGGCUUUAAAGGAGAUAUGGGACCCCCGGGACAGCCUGGAUUCCCUGGUAAAAUGGGAUCGCCUGGUGAAAAGGGAGACAGAGGCUAUCAAGGUUUAACUGGAGCUAAAGGAGAACCUGGGUUGGCAUCUGAUAAAGGAGACAAGGGAGAAGCAGGUAUGCCGGGACUUCCAGGGCUGGAUGGUCGGCCAGGUGCUCCAGGAGAUAAAGGAGAUAUUGGUCAGCCUGGUUUAGAUGGUUUUGGUAUACCAGGUGUUCGAGGUGAAAAAGGUGAUCUUGGCAAGCCAGGACUUGAUGGACUUCCAGGAGCAACUGGCGAAAAGGGAGACAGAGGUUUUGUGGGACUUAAAGGUGAUAAAGGAUUAACAGGUUUACCAGGUGAUGUCGGAUCUCCAGGUAUGCCAGGAAUGAACGGUCCUCCAGGUUUCAAGGGUGAUAUGGGUCUUCCUGGACGCGAUGGUGCUAAAGGUGAUAAAGGUGAUAUAGGUUUUCCAGGAAGAGAUGGAUUUGAUGGUCUUAUGGGGCCAAAAGGUGCAACUGGUCCUAUGGGCCCUCCGGGUAUUAUGGGAUUCCAAGGCCCUAAAGGUGACAGAGGACUCCCAGGUGUAUCAAUUAAUGAAAAAGGAGAUAAGGGAGAAAUUGGUUUACCCGGCAUCACUGGAAUGAAAGGACAGAAAGGUGAAAGAGGACUUACUGGCGAACAAGGUUUAACUGGGGAAAAAGGAGAUCGAGGUUUUGAAGGGCAAAAAGGAGACACUGGCUUAAUGGGCAUAAUUGGAGAAAAAGGUGAUCGAGGACCUGCCGGUCCCACAGGAUCCCCAGGCUUAACAAUGGUGGGAGAAAAAGGUUUGCCAGGUAUUCCAGGCAAACACGGCCGUCCAGGUCUGCCUGGUUCUAUCGGACAAAAAGGAGAAGUAGGUCUACCUGGUCUUCCAGGCCAAGUUGGUUUACCUGGCACGCCAGGAACUGUAGGACCUAAGGGAGAAAAAGGUGAUACGGGUCGAGAAGGUGUAGCUGGUCCACCUGGAUAUGAUGGUACACCAGGUAGCCUUGGACCUCCAGGACCAAGAGGAGAAAAGGGAGAUAGAGGUGAAAAAGGAGCAACAGGUAUUGGUUUGCCUGGCGAGAAAGGAGAUCAAGGAUAUCCGGGUAUUCCAGGUCUAAUAGGACAAAAAGGUGACAAAGGUGAGCGAGGAUAUAACGGUAUUGAUGGUGAGAUGGGAUCUCAAGGCCCGCCAGGAAUGAAAGGUGAACGUGGAUUACCGGGAAGAACUGGUUUGACUGGUGAACAAGGUGAAAAAGGAGACAAAGGUGAAGCAGCUCGCUUUGUAUUUGGGCCUAAAGGAGAACCUGGGAUGCCUGGAGCACCUGGACUUGACGGUGCACCCGGAAGGGAUGGAGCUCCUGGUCCUCCAGGAUUAGAUGGACUACCAGGUAUGAAGGGUGAUCGUGGCUUCCAAGGUCAAGUAGGACCACAAGGACCUGUUGGUCCACCAGGUCUCCAAGGAUUCCAAGGAGACCGGGGAGAAGUUGGUUUGACUGGACAGCAAGGUUUGCCAGGACCCCCGGGAGCUCCUUGUGUCGAAACAGAUUACUUAACUGGUAUUCUAGUAGUACGUCACAGUCAAGGUGACUAUGUUCAAGAGUGCAAUAAUGGCUUAAUAAAACUGUGGGAGGGAUAUUCCUUGCUUUACAUAGACGGCAACGAAAAGGCUCACAGUCAGGACUUAGGCCAUGCUGGUUCAUGUGUAAGGAAGUUUAGCACCAUGCCAUUCUUAUUCUGUGACAUAAAUGAGGUGUGUAAUUAUGCCAGCCGAAACGACCGAAGUUAUUGGCUUUCAACGAAUGAGGAGACACCGAUGAGUCCGGUAGAAGGAAAGGACAUUAUGAGAUAUAUAUCCAGAUGCGUAGUUUGCGAAGCACCCGCCAAUGUCAUAGCCGUUCACAGUCAGUCAAACAGUAUUCCGGAAUGUCCUCAAGGAUGGACUGAACUCUGGAUCGGAUACAGUUUUGUUAUGCAAACCAGUGCAGGUGGCCAAGGUGGUGGUCAGGCUUUAGAAAGCCCUGGAUCAUGUUUGGAAAGCUUCCGUGCGGUACCAUUUAUCGAAUGUAAUGGUGAGGGCGGCACAUGCAACAAGUUUUCGGAUAAACUUAGUUUUUGGUUAACGACCAUCAGAGACGAGGAACAGUUUACGAUGCCAGAGCGACAAACAUUAAAAUCAGGAAAUCUACUGGAGCGUGUUGCUCGAUGUGCAGUUUGCAUGAAAAACACCAAAUAGAAUAAUGAAAUUCAAUUAAUCUGACACCAAUGUUUUGUUUUGUGCCUAAUUAUUAACAAUUACUCAAUAAGUACUAUUAAUUAGGUAUGAAGAGGCUGAGAAGAGUAGGUGUCUAAUUUAUCAUUUCGUUUACAGUCACUAAAUAACUGAAUUCCUGGUCAUCAAUAACACACCAAAGCAAUUUAAAUGUAAGGUAUUUUAUUUAAUAACUUUAUAAAUAAUAUCUUUAUUGUCUGUUAUUGCAUUGUUACUUAAACUUCUCAUUACAAACAUAUAUUGUAAUCGUAUAUGGACUGGGACACAAUAAUCUAUAAAUUAAGAAGACGUGUAUUCGUUUAUUAAUAAUCCAACAAGAUUUUUUUGUUGGAUCAUAUUUGUAAAACACUGAUCGGAUUUGAAACCCCUCAUACACUCGAUUUGUGAUAAUUUAGAUUUGCCUAAUUGUAUAUAAUAAUAAAUGAGUAUAAAUAUAUUAUAUAAAAAAUUAAUUAGAGGUAAAAGUAAUCCAUUUGGCCAUAUUCCACAACAUUUCUGAAAUAGUAUAUAUUUGUACUAAAUUUUUUUUAUUAAAUAGCUAGCUGUAUUCUAAACAUAUUAUGCCAUAACUAUAUGUAUAACUAUUCGAGUCUUUAAAAUGUUUUCGAGAACACUGCCAUAUUGUAGAUAGAAUAAUGUUAACGAAUUUAGGAUUCGUACCCAAUAAAUAACUUUUAAAGUU